ACCGCUGAUGCUGUUGCUUGCUGAUAUCCUCGCCGAUGUGGCCGCGAACGUUAUGACGUCACGAAGGAGCGAUUGUGUUCAGGUGCGAUCGGGCAAUGCCACGCCACAGUAUAUAAUCAGACAAACGGAGAGUUGAUCGAAUUCGACCAGGCACACCUGUGGUAGCAGAGCAGCGGCUGCCGACACGUCGGGGCUACAGAGGGACUGGCAGCUUUCACAAAAUGGCAACUACCAACGACAUUCCGAAUGGCACCAAUGACACAUCCGACGCUUUGCCAGAUUGGGUGGACCACGAGUUCGUGGCGGGCAUCUUGGCCCGGGAGGAGGGACGCCCGGUGACUGUUCAUAAAGUGAAGGUGGCGCGUGCGGUGGGCAAAGGCGACAACUACGCCAGCCUCCUCCUGCGCGUGGGCGUCGACUACGAUCUCCAAGACGCUCCAGAAGAGUCUCCCAAGACAACCUCCCUCAUCGUCAAAACCUUGCCGGCAGGGGAUGUGAUGCAACAAUUCGUGAUGGAGUCCGGCAUAUUCCCGCGGGAGAGAAAGAUGUACACCUCCACCAUUCCGGCCCUUGAGGCCAUACUGAAUGAGAAAACAUCUGAAAAGGUAGUUUUCGCUCCAAGAAGUCUGCCCUGUGAGCGCGAAUUCACCAUCGUGCUCAAGGAUCUCAAGGAACAGGGCUUCCGCAUGUGCGAUCGGUACGUUGGAAUGGAUUUGGAGCACGCGACGAUGGUCCUCCGGAACCUGGCGCGGUUCCACGCCGCGUCCGUGGCUCUGCACGAGCAAAAUCCUGAAGAAGUCGAGAGUUACGGUGAAGCUUUCUACGAUCCAAACAAGAGGGAGGAGAUCGAGCAAUUUAUACCUCCAAUGUUCGAGGGUGUUGCGAAGGCCGUGGGAUCUUGGGAGGAUCCGAAGUUCGCCGGAUGUGUAGAGAGAGUUCGCAACUUCGCAAAGACCGUCAUUGAUCAGGUCAUAGAAUGCGUCACCGCUUCGAAGACAUUCUUGAACGUGCUCAACCAUGGUGAUUGCUGGGUCAACAACAACCUUUUCCGAUACUCAGUGGAAACUGGAAAGCUCGAGGAGAUGCGGUUUAUUGACUACCAGAUCAUGAGGUAUGCGCCUCCCUCUCUCGACCUGCAGUACUUCCUGUACACCAGCGUGCAGGCAGAUGUGCGCGAGCAGCAUUGGCGCGCUCUGCUGGACACCUACGUGGAUCAACUGCGGGAGACGCUGACGGCGCUGGGCCACGGGGACAAGGCCAUCACGACGGACGCGCUGCAGGAGGACAUGGACCGGCGGGCGAGUUUCGGCCUCCUGUCUGCCUGCACUGUGCUGUGCGCCGUGGUUGCCGAACCCUCCGAAGCCAUUGCUAUGGAGGACUUGACGAUGGAACAGUUGGAGAAAGGUGAAAUUACGAUAUACGAUAAAGCGAUGGCGGGCAAACGGUUCAGUGCGGCCCUGCAGAGACUCCUGCCCAUAUUCUUGGAGAAGAACGUCCUUUGAACUUGGCGUUGAAUUGGUGCAUUCACUUGACGCCGCAGGAAGUUGAUUUCUACUGUGCUAUUCGGGUGCUGAAGAGGGUUGUCUGUCUGGUAGAGAGUUGAUUUUCCUCGACUGCAUGCAAACUCUGAUCGGCUAUGUUUCCCCGAUAACAGAAAUGAAACAGCUAAGGAUACGUUCUCAGGAAAACUUUAAAAGUUUUUUUUUAUUCCGAUGAUAUACGUUUAGUUUUAAAAUUUUUAAACAAAUUUUUAAAUAUUUUUUUGUUUUAAUUUUAAAAUGUUGAUUCAAUCUAAUUCUUUCCAUUGCUUCUAAUUCCAAAAAUGUUUGGUCCAAAAUAAGUUGUUAACACAAAACAGGCUUCAUAUCUUGAGAACGUACUCUUUAAUUUUUAAAUUCAGUUUGUAAGGCGUAACUUAUCUGUAAAUACCUAUAUUAUAAAAACAUAGAAAUAAGACUUUGAAUACGCGAUCUUAGUACCAGCGAAAGUUGUUGCCCUCGUUGUAGCUAUUGUAUAUUAAUUUAGCUUAGUGUUUCCACUGCGUCUAUGUGAAUUAAGGCAGCUAUCGGCUUCUGGUCGAACAUUGCUAGAAUCUUAACGACAAAGGCAUACAUUUCAGCUAACCGGACGGUGCCUCAAUUUAGUUUCCAAGGCAGUUUCCAGAAGACCAGGCAGCUAAUUAGGCAGCUAA